GUUCCACCACCUUCCUGAUUUUGAUCUUGAUCACGAGUCUCUAUCCACAGCGGACACUACGACGGGUCCACACCAGGAAUUCCAAGGCAACAUGGAACAACGACCUGCGAGAUCGGCACUUUCGCCUUUUCCCGACGGCAUCGCGUAUCUCCGGGUAUAACCGUUGACCAUAUCAUGAGCGAACGCUCCCCAUACCCCGCAUACUCCCUUUCAAACACCACGAUAUCGAAGCGCUCGAGUCACCAGUUGGAAGGGAAUCAGUCAAGAAUAUCAGUCAACAUACCACGAGCACUGACACCCCGAACGAGCAUUGUCCAGCCAUGUCCAACGUCUACCCCCACCCAGAACCCCAGUUCGUCCACUUUCCCAGUCGACGAUCUGUCGUACACAGCACCAAGGGAAUUGUAUCUUGUACUCAACCUCUCGCGACCGCUGCUGGAAUCGACAUCCUGAGGAAAGGUGGUAAUGCCGCGGAUGCAGCAGUGGCCGUUGCAGCAGCCAUCAAUGUCACCGAGCCUGGCUCCACAGGCAUCGGUGGUGACAUGUUCUGUCUUUACUACAAUGCCAAGACCAAGAAGGUUUCUGCCAUGAACGGAUCUGGUCGAUCUGGCUCAGGUGUCACGCUUGAGAAGAUUAGGAAAGACCUUAACAUCCCGGACGGAGAGAAUGGACAGAUCCCCAUGGACAGUGUACAUGCUGCUACAGUACCUGGAGCCGCUGCUGGCUGGGUCGACUGCCAUGAGCGCUUCGGCAGUGGGAAAGUGAGCCUUGAGGAGAUCCUUGCACCCGCCAUCGACCUCGCCGAGAACGGCUUCCCAGUUUCUGAGCUCUCUGCCACAUUCUGGGCGCAAAGUGAAUCAGCGCUGAGAAAAGCAUCGCCAAAUGGUCACGAGAUGCUGAAGAAAGAUCCAUCGGCAAAGGAUGGCUGCAGAGCGCCAAAGGCGGGUGAAAUCAUGAAGAACCCAACUAUCGCCAACACUUUCAGGCUCCUUGCAAAGCACGGCAAGAAGGGCUUCUAUGAGGGCGAGGUCGCUGAGCAGCUUGUAAAGGUUGUGUCUGAUCUUGGUGGCUACAUCACCCUAGACGACUUGAAGCACCACGCGGAGACUGGCUCUGAGCCUGUUGAACCUAUCUCGCUCAAGUACACUGGCCAAGGUGUCGGCGAGUCUACAAAUGGCGGUAUCGAGCUCUGGGAACACCCACCAAACGGCCAAGGUAUUGUCGCAUUGAUGGCGCUAGGUAUCAUACAGGAGCUGGAGAAGCAAGGCAAGAUUUCGAAAUGGGGUCUGAAGGACCACAACACAGCGCAGCAUCUGCACGCCACAAUCGACGCCCUCCGUAUCGCCUUCUCAGACGCACACUGGUUUGUCACAGAUCCAAACGUCGUCAAAGUUCCAUCCGCAGAGCUCAUCUCGCAAGAGUACCUCGCCGAACGUGCCAAACUGUUCGAUCCCAAGAAAGCUGCUGAAGCACCGGUGCACGGUUCGCCCGCUCAUCUCCGCAGCGAUACCGUCUACUUCUGCUGUACCGACAAAGACGGCAACGGCAUCUCAUUCAUCAACAGCAACUACGGCGGUUUCGGCACAGCCAUCAUUCCUAAGGGCUGUGGUUUCACUCUCCAGAACCGGGGUGCGAACUUCAAUCUUACAAAGGGCCACCCCAACGAGCUUGCACCAAGAAAGCGACCAUACCACACCAUCAUACCCGGUCUGACGACCUACAGUGACGGCAGCUUGCACUCAGUCUACGGUGUUAUGGGUGGCUUCAUGCAGCCGCAGGGUCAUGUCCAGGUCCUGCUGAACCAGGAAGUUUUCAAACUGAACCCACAAGCUGCGCUGGACUCGCCACGUUUCUGCAUCGGUGCCGGUAUGCCGAGCGCUGAUGGCAAGAUGACGGAUGCGACGAUCUACCUGGAAGAAGGUAUCGAUGCCAAGGUUGUGGAGGAGCUGCGGGCGCUGGGACACAAUGUUCAACAGCUGAGUGGAUACGGAAGAGGCAUGUUUGGUCGUGGUCAGAUUAUUAGGAGGCAUACAGAUGAUGGACUUACAGUAUGGAGCGGUGGCAGUGAUCUGCGAGGUGACGGUGCUGCUGUGCCGCUAUAGACAUGUGUCGGCUCGCUGAUAUAUUUUACGUACAUACAACAUGCAAG